AUGGAGGGAGAGCCGAUGCCUGAUGCCCUGAUCUCCCCGACCCUGCAACUGCAGACCAACGUCUCCGAAUCCCCCGCGCCAUCCUUGUCACCCUCGUCUAAACUAGAUGAAGGGUACUCGGACGAUACCCGAAGCCAGGCGGAUAAAGAUCUAGGUUCGGACAAUGGUAUGGCACUUCCAAACUGGGUGCUUGCCUUGAGCGAAGCCGGUAGAGCUGAGCUCGCGUAUAGUCUUCUUCGAUCUCUCCGAACCUCAAGCAUCGUCGCAGUGGUGGACCGAUUGAACCCCCGUCUCCACAUGGAUCCCGUCGUCAAGCUGCCGCCCGAAAUCACGUUCGAAAUCUUCUCCUACCUUGAACCUCGAACUCUCCUAGAUGCGACACUGGCAUCUCGUUCAUGGCGUGAUCGAAUCCUGGACUCAGGCCUAUGGAGGUUCCUAUAUGCCAAUGAGGGCUGGCGAACGAAUUUACCGGCGAUUCGUGCAUUCGAGGAGGAACAGUUUGAGCCAGUCUCGCCCCAAACGCGAAAAUCCCGUCUGCGACAACCGGAACCGGACCUUGGCGAGCCUCGACAGAAAAAGCGUGUACCCCCUACAUGGCUUGACUCACGGAGCGGCAAACGUCAGCAUUCCACUGUAUUUGGUGGCCCUGUGCCUGAACCCGACGACGAAGGGGAUCAUCAUAUGACCGAUGAAAAUGAUCGCACUCCAGAUUCAUUCGAUGACUCUGACUUAUCCAUGCCGAAUUCCCUUUCGGUGCCCUCAUCACCUCUCUGCCCACCUUUACAAUCUUCUCUUCUCCUGCGAUACCCGAACGGCAACGCUCAAAUAAACUGGACUCACCUAUACAAACAGCGGCGGCGCCUCGAAGCAAAUUGGCACCAAGGCCGAUACACCAAUUUCCAACUGCCGGACCCUUCCUACCCAGACGAGGCCCACAGCGAGUGUGUAUACGCUAUUCAGUUUGAAGGUAACUGGCUGGUCAGCGGAAGUCGGGAUAAGACCGUGCGAGUCUGGAACCUCACGACCAGACGAUUGCGGCAUGCUCCGCUGGAGGGACAUGCGAAGUCCGUCCUGUGUCUCCAAUUCGACCCUAGUCCCAAGGAAGAUAUCAUCAUCUCCGGCAGCAGCGACAAGACUGUCAUUAUCUGGAAGUUUUCUACCGGCGAGAUGAUUCACCAAAUUGAGAAGGCACAUGCUGAUUCAGUGCUGAAUCUCAAAUUCGACAAACGCUUCCUUGUUACCUGCUCAAAAGACCGCAGUGUGAAGGUUUGGAACCGCCGGGAUCUGCUGCCCAACAGCGACGACUAUCCACAGAUGUCCCGAGGAACUGGAGCGACCUAUCCAUCAUACAUCAUUGAUCUCAAGGAAGUCUCACCAAGCAUGAUCGAAGCUGGCAUUGCCAAUGACCAGAUUAAAGCUCUGAAGCCCUACUCGUUGUUGAUGACUGUCCAAGGACAUGCUGCAGCCGUGAACGCCAUGCAGAUACACGGCGAUGACAUUGUGACUGCAUCUGGAGAUCGCAUGAUCAAGGUCUGGAAUAUUCGCACUGGCGCUUGCACAAAGACUCUGAUGGGCCACGAGAAGGGGAUUGCCUGCGUUGAGUUUGACAGCCGCAGAAUCAUCAGCGGCAGCAACGACAACACGGUUCGCGUAUAUGAUCACGCCUCCGGUGCCGAGGUGGCUUGCCUUCGGGCGCACAGUAACCUUGUCCGUACUCUUCAAGCAGGAUUUGGCGAUCCACCCGGUGCCGAUGAAAUCCUUCGCCAAGAAGCACAGGCCGUGGAAAAUGAAUUCUUUGCCGCCCAGGAAUCUGGUCAGGGGGUGGAUCUAGGCCGCCGGGAGCAACGACGACGACAUGGCUAUCGAGGCAAUACCAAUGGAUCACGGGAUCCUCGCGACAUCACUGCUUUGGGGGCCAAGAUCCCCCCUGGCGGUGGGGGCAGCAACUGGGCUCGCAUCGUGUCCGGAUCUUACGAUGAGACCAUCGUUAUCUGGCACAAAGACGGCGAUGGCAAAUGGACACAAGCCCAUCAACUGAGACAACACGAAGCCGUGACCAAUGCCGCCUGCGACAAUCUCAGUCAAGUGGCCCGCACCACUGUCGCCGCUCAAGCUCAGCAAUUGCAAGCUCAGCAAUUACAAGCCACCCAACAAAGCAUCCAAAUUAUGAUGGCCAAUGCCCAUGGCCCCAAUGCCCAUGGCCCCAAUGCCCAUGGUCCCAAUGCGACCCCCGCUCAAGCUGGACCCGCCAACCACCACAACCAGGCUCAAGCAACCCCUGUACUCGCCAACGCGACAUUACCCAAUCCCCUUCCAGCCCACCACCAUCAUCACCACGUCCACCCACGCAGACCCGCAGUUGUCCCCCAUUCAACCGCGAGGGUCUUCAAGCUCCAGUUCGACGCCAGGAAAAUCAUCUGUGCCAGUGUGGACCCCCGCAUUGUGGGAUGGGACUUUGCCAACGAGGAUGAGGAAAUCAUCGAGGCAUGCCCGUUCUUCCAGGGACUAUGA